AUGUUCAAGUCGUCUGUCCUCCUCGCCGCUGUGCUCGCCGCCGCCUCGGCCGUCUCCGCUGCCCAGAUCAACACCCCAACCUCGCUCGUUCAAUGCCAGCCUGUUCUCCUCCAAUGGUCGGAUGCUCAGGGCACAGUCUACGUGAGCAUCUUGCCCGGAAAGCAGACCUCGGCCACCCCCCUCGUCUCUUUCGCCCCUCAAAGCUCUGGCACCACCAGCAUCAAGUGGGUUCCUAACCUUCCUGCCGACACCGACGUGACGCUCGCCAUCUCGGACGGCACCGGUGUCACUAACUACUCGGGCACCGUCUCCGUCCGAGCCGGCACUGACCCCACGUGCCUAAGCAGCUCUGGCUCUGCCGCUGCUGAUGGAUCGACCGCUACCACUGGCUCCUCGUCCGGAUCUGGCUCUGGCUCGACUGGCUCUGGAUCCAGUUCAGCUUCGUCUCCCUCGAGCUCCAGCAGCAAGUCAGGCAGCUCCGGCUCCAGCACUAGCUCGGCCGGCUCCGCCAGCCAGAGCUCCUCUUCAUCCGGCAAGAGCAGCGGCGUCUCCAGCUUCCGCGCCGACACUGCCGCCAUGGUCAGCUCGGCUCUUGCCGUUGCUGCCGCUGCUGUUGUCUACUACGCAUAA